UCUCCUACUCCGUUCUCUCUCAGGGACCUCUCUCUGCUCUCGACUCUUUCUUCUACCUACAAAUUCCCACCCACCACCAAUCACCUCAUUACAACGCCGGCAAAUCUAUCUACGACCAUACUUCCGGUCCCGGAUACUACCUCUCGCCGCCAUUGAAGCUAGAACACAACUUCUUCUACUUCCUUUUCUUGGUUAGCAUCUGAUAAAUUCUACCAUGCAAUCUUCAAGCAGCUCGUUGAAGGUCUCUCCGCUUGAUCUGAUGUCCGCAAUUAUCAAACGGAAUAUGGACCCGUCAAAUGCGUCGUCGGAAUCAGCUGCUGAGGUGGCAACGUUGUUCAUUGAAAAUCGGGACUUUGUUAUGAUUUUAACGACGUCUAUCGCGGUUUUGAUCGGGUGUGUGGUGGUGUUGGUGUGGAGAAGAUCCAGCAGUCCGAAAUCUAAGUCUUCUGCCUUUGAACCUCCUAAGCCUUUGAUUGUUAAGGAGCCUGAGCCUGAGCAUGAUGAUGGCCAUAAAAAGGUCACCAUCCUUUUCGGCACUCAGACCGGUACCGCGGAAGGAUUCGCUAAGGCUUUGGCUGAAGAGGGAAAAGCGCGGUACGAAAAGGCGAAAUUUAAAGUUGUUGAUUUGGAUGAUUAUGCUGCUGAUGAUGAUGAGUAUGAAGAGAAAUUCAAGAAAGAGUCAUUGGUUUUGUUCUUUGUGGCUACAUACGGAGAUGGUGAGCCAACAGAUAAUGCUGCGAGAUUCUAUAAAUGGUUUACCGAGGGUAAAGAGAGAGGAGAAUGGCUUCAGAACCUUCAGUUUGGGGUGUUUGGUCUUGGCAACAAGCAAUAUGAACAUUUCAAUAAGAUUGCUAAAGUGUUGGAUGAGAUGUUUGAACAGCAGGGUGCAAAGCGUCUUGUUCCAGUGGGUCUUGGAGAUGAUGAUCAGUGCAUAGAAGAUGACUUUGCAGGAUGGAGAGAAUCAUUGUGGCCUGAGUUGGAUCAGCUGCUUCGGGAUGAGGAUGAUGCAACAACUGUUUCUACUCCCUAUACAGCUGCUGUAUUGGAAUAUCGGGUUGUAUUUUAUGAUCCUGAAAAUGCACCUUUAGAGGAUAAAAAUUGGAGUAAUGCAAAUGGACAAGCAGUUCAUGAUGCUCAACAUCCAUGCAGGUCUAAUGUUGCUGUGAGAAAAGAGCUUCAUACAUCUGCAUCAGAUCGUUCUUGCACCCAUUUGGAGUUUGACAUAGCUGGCACUGGACUCACAUAUGAAACUGGGGAUCAUGUUGGUGUAUACUGUGAGAAUCUUGAUGAAGUUGUCGACGAAGCUCUGCAAUUAUUGGCUUUAUCACCAGAUACUUGUUUCUCUCUCCAUUCUGACAAAGAGGACGGCACAUCACUUGGUGGAAGCUCCUUGCCACCUCCUUUCCCACCAUGCUCCUUAAGAACAGCUCUUACUCGAUAUGCUGAUCUGUUGAGUUCACCCAAAAAGUCUGCUCUACUUGCUUUAGCAGCUCAUGCUACUCAUCCAGCAGAAGCUGAUAGACUACGGCAUCUUGCUUCCCCUGCUGGAAAGGAUGAAUAUGCACAAUGGAUAGUUGCCAAUCAGAGAAGCCUCCUUGAGGUCAUGGUUGAAUUUCCAACAGCCAGGCCCCCACUUGGUGUCUUCUUUGCUGCAGUGGCUCCUCGCUUACAGCCUAGAUACUAUUCUAUCUCAUCAUCCCCAAGGAUGGCUCCAUCCAGAAUUCAUGUUACUUGUGCACUAGUUAUUGAGAAAACACCAGCAGGACGGGUACAUAAAGGAGUGUGCUCAACUUGGAUGAAGAAUUCUGUGCCUUUGGAGAAGAGCCAUGAAUGCAGUUGGGCACCCAUUUUUGUUCGGCAAUCAAACUUUAAACUUCCUGAGGACACCAAAGUCCCCAUCAUUAUGAUUGGCCCUGGGACUGGUUUGGCUCCUUUCAGGGGUUUUUUGCAGGAAAGGUUAGCCCUGAAAGAAGCUGGAGCAGAGUUGGGAUCCUCCAUAUUAUUCUUUGGUUGCAGAAACAGUAAGAUGGAUUACAUCUAUGAAGAUGAGCUCAACAACUUUGUUGAAAGUGGUGCACUUUCUGAGUUGAUUGUUGCUUUUUCACGUGAGGGACCUACCAAGCAAUACGUGCAGCAUAAAAUGUUGGAGAAGGCUUUGGACAUCUGGAACAUAAUUUCUCAGGGAGGAUAUAUAUACGUUUGCGGUGAUGCCAAAGGCAUGGCUAGAGAUGUACACAGAACGCUUCACACCAUUGUGCAAGAGCAGGGUUCUCUUAACAGUUCCAAGGCUGAGAACAUGGUGAAGAAUCUACAAAUGUCGGGUAGAUAUCUCCGCGAUGUAUGGUGAUAAAAUUUCCAAGUGAGCCUCAGGGUAAAGCCUGUAAUAUUAAAACAUAGGCACCAAAAUAUACAUAGUGAAGCCUGGUUUGGGAUGAAAGGAAAUUUAUGAGACUGCUACUCUAAUGGGUGCCUUCUGAAAGAGCAAGCAAGCAAGCAAACAAGUCACAACACUUUCACCUGUGAUUCUUCUUAUGCUUCUUGUUCCUAUUUUUUUGUUUAUGUAUACAAAAAUUACAAUAAUUAUGAGUAUGGUUUAGCUUAUGAGUUGUAACUUUCUUGGAUGAACCAAUAAUGGUUCAAAAUGAGAGACACCUAUAUGUAAUUUGCUUGUAUGGAUCAUGUGAAAUCUUUGCUUAUAUAAUUAAUUUUCCUUGUUUUACUGUCAAA